GCAAAGAAGGGCCAUCGGUCGGUCCGUGACAAAGGAGGAAGGUGGCCGAGGGAGAUAGCGCUCCUCCAUGCGGCUGAAAUGGAAUGUUGAUUAUGAUAAUGGAGCCAGCGAAUGUCUUCUUGGAAUCUUGUUAAUCAAUGACCAAGAUUUCUCGUUUCUCCUUAUAAACAACCGAGUUCCUUAGCUGUAGAGACGGAUUACAGAUUGACUCUUCUGACAUCGACCAGAAAGGUUAAAAAAUCAUCCGACUCGAAAGUCCAUAUAAUUCAAAGAUCGAGAGCUCUGCCUCCUCACGGGUCUUCAAGCUCAAGGGUAAAGCAAAAGAGAUGAGCCAGGUUCUGACUUUCCUCCUCUGUUUCGCGCUGCUCUCGAUUCUUUGCCAUGGCAGAAACUUCGCUUCAGAUGGGUCGGGAUCAGUCCCUCAUGCCCUCAAAUCCUUCAAGAUCAAUAGCACUCAGAAUGGGAACAGCUGUUCAUACACGGUGAAAAUAAGGACGAGCUGCUCUUCCACUUCGUAUACUCGCGACCAGAUCAGCCUCUCGUUUGGCGAUGCAUAUGGAAAUCAGGUUUAUGCGCCUAGGUUGGACGAUCCGUCGACCCAUACAUUCGAGCGAUGCUCCACGGAUACGUUCGACAUAUAUGGACCCUGCACAUACCAAGUCUGCUACAUCUACCUCUACCGGAGUGGAUAUGACGGGUGGAAACCCGAAAGCGUGACUGUCUAUGGCUAUUACACAAAGGCUGUGACUUUUUACUACAACACUUUCAUCCCGAAUAACGUUUGGUUCGGUUUCAACCAUUGUGGCGGCUAUUUGGAAUCAGCAUCCUCGUCUGCAAUGUAGUAGAAUUUGCUUGCACAUGUGCUACUUGGUUAGGUUCUCUAGGUGGGCUGGUGGUGGUUUGUAUUGAGCAGGGUUGAUGAGCUGAUUUUCAGCCUAAUGCUUCGGUCAAUAAGGAUGAGAUCAAAACAAUAAGACUGGCAUGUUACCUCUCCGCAUGGGUUUUGCAUCAGUUGAAAUGCAAUCUCAUUUUUUUUAGGCA